AAGGGGACCACCGAGCACGGUGGCAGGGGGCCCUCACGACUGGGGAGAUCAAGGAAAUCCCUGGGGACCAUCGCAGCAGCGGCCAGGCAUGGAGGAGGAGACCUGCACGCCCCUCGGCCCGUUUGCUACGCAGUCCAAGAUGGUCAGCCGAUAUGAACCAAAAGCCGACACCACGGAGCUCCCCACCCAUCAGCGAGGUCCGUCUUACAACGCGGAUGAAUUUUGGAGCGAGCUUAGCCAGCGGCCAAGCCCGCACUGGAUGGAAGAAUACAGGGAAACCUCACCCCUGCUGAGGUCUAGCUCUGCCGUCCACAGGCCCAAUGUUCAGACAGAUGCAGGUUCCUGGCACGUGCUGGCCAUCCCGCAGGCGCUCCCCUCUCCUCGGGAGCUGUGUCGGAGGAGAAGCAGCCAGCUGAAACAAAAGAGACUGGCGAACGGCAGCGUGAUGUCGGUCUGUUACCACCUGGAGGACUUGAAGAAAAGGCAAAGCAGCAUUGAGCAGCUGAAGAGGCUGAAAUGGGGUGGAUUCGGAUCCCCAGCCAACUCUGAAGGGCUCGAAGGCGCCGCUGUCUCUCUAGCUGAAGAAUUGCAAAGCGGAAGAGACCUGCUAAGCAGUUUGACCAAGCCAAGACCUUCCUGGCUCUGUGAAGAGGACUCUUUUGCUAGCUGCAGCAGCAGCGGGCAGCGGAGCUGCAGCAUGGGAGAGCAGCAAGGGAUCCCCGAGGGAAGCCAGGUGGGCUUCUCCCUUGUGGCCAUGGCAGACCGACCCCAGCCGCCAGUCAGGUGCCUGCCUCAGGAAGCCUUCUGGGGCUUUGGGCACCAGCCAGAAGAGUGAUCGUGAAGUGCUCGGCGUGGGGGACGGAGGGGGCUAUCACCUACGCACGCUUGCAGCAGGCC